AUGGCUAACCCAAGAGGAGAAUACAAAGCCAUAACUCUAAGAAAUGGGAAGGUUGUAGAGGAAGGAACCCCAAGUAAAGAUAAUCAUGAAGAGGUUGCAUCAAAGCAUGGGAACGAGAAUGAAGGGGAGAUCCCAGCUUCCCCUCCACCAAAACCAGUCUUGAAGCCCUAUGUGCCAAAGGCACCAUACCCACAAAGACUGAGAAAAGAUGGGAAGGAUGGCCAGUUCUCUAAGUUCCUAGAGAUCUUCAAGAGGCUCCAAAUCAACAUACCAUUUGCUGAGGCAUUAGAACAAAUACCACUCUAUGCCAAGUUCUUAAAGGAGCUUAUAACCAAAAAGAGGAACUGGGAGGCAAAAGAAACUAUAGUAUUGACUGAGGAAUGCAGCGCCAUCAUACAGAAGAAGCUACCUCAAAAGCUGAAAGACCCCGGGAGUUUUCAAAUUCCCUGCAUCAUAGGGGACAUCACUAUUAAGAAAGCUUUAACAUUUAAGUUUCCACAUGGGGUGGUGGAAGACUUGCUAGUGAAAGUAGGAGAAUUCAUUUUCCCUGCUGAUUUCGUUGUGCUGGACAUGGAAGAAGAGGCCAACACAUCAAUUAUCCUAGGAAGACCAUUUUUAGCUACUGCUGGAGCCAUUAUUGAAGUGCAGAAAGGGGAACUAGUAUUGAGAUUGCAUGAAGAAAAAAUGGUCUUCAACGUCUUUAAAGCAAUGAGUUACCCCAAAGAAUCCAUAGGAGAAUGCAUGCUCGUAGACACCAUGGAACAGAUAGUUCAAAAAUUCAUGGAAGAAGAAUAA